AAAAUCAUCAAAAUACCUUUUUUUGGGCAGUUCUAGGGCCAGCCUGCUCCCAUUUUCCUCUGAUUUGUCCUCAUUUCUUUGCAGUUCGGGCCAUUUGUUGAUGCCAAGCACGAGCAGGUGGAGAACUGCCAGCUCCCAGCCUCCUUUGCUGACGUCUUCAAGCUCUGCCUCAAGAUGAUCCUAGAAGGGACCCGAAGCGCUGCCCCACACCUGGUGCUGGUGCCCUCACCCCGGGACGUGCACCACGACUGCGUUUACCCACAGCCGCCCUUCCCCUGCCCUGAGCUGCCCAAGGAGGACAGAGCGCGUGUGCUCUUCGUCUCGGACCCCUGCACCCUGGACAUCGAUGGCACUGUCUUUGGCCUCACCUCCACCGACCUCCUCUUCCACAUGGGUGCCGAGGAGAUCAGCUCAUCGGGGACCUCAGACCGCUUCACGCGGAUCCUGCGCCACGUCCUGACGCAGCAGAGCUACUAUCCACUGUACCCGCCCUCGGAGGAGCUCAACGUGGACUACGAGAGCUUCGCGUGCUUUGCCUGGCUGCCUGCCACCCCCCAUGUCCUCGUCGUGCCCUCAGAGCUGCGCUACUUCGUUAAGGUUGGCCCACGGCAGCCCCGGGAUCGAUCACUGG